AUGUUGAAACCCCUUCGCGUGCUCGUCGUCGGGGCCUCCAUCGCCGGCCCCACCACCGCAUAUUGGUUCGCUCGAGCCGGCGCGGCCGUCACAGUCAUUGAACGGUUCCCCUCGUUACGCAGCGCGGGACAGGCCGUCGAUAUCCGCACCGCAGGCGUGACGGUCAUGCGGAGGAUGAAGGGCAUGGAGGCCGCGGUGAGGGCGAAGAGCACGACGCUCGCGGGCGUGAGCUUUGUGAAUUCUGCGGGGAAGCCGUUCGGCACGAUUCGCCCGACGGGCAAUCCGGAGCAGCAGAGCUUGGUGAGCGAGUAUGAGAUCUUUAGGGGCGAGUUGGCGGGCGUCUUGUAUGGGUUGACGGGUGGGGAUAAGAAAAGUCGGGGUCAAGACUUAACCAAUGAAGACGAGGAAGUUAGCAAUCGAGGUCCUGGUCAAGACCAAGGUAACGAUGGCGAUCACGACCACGACCACGACCACGACCACGAUCAAUCUCAACAGAUCAACUACGUCUUCGGAGAGCAAGUGGCUAGUAUGCGACAGCCGGAAACCCUCGACGGCCCCGUCACGGUGGACUUUAUGAACGGCAAACUCCCCACCGCGGAAUAUGAUCUCGUCGUGGCCUGCGACGGUGCCACCUCCAGGACUAGGGCCCUCGGCCUCAACUGCCAGCCACGCGACUACGUCCACCCCGUCAACCUGUGGUCCGCGUACUUCUCCCUGCCCGGCGAUCUGCUCCAUGGGAGCAAGGUCGGACACGCAUACACCGCGCCAGGAGGUCGAUUCAUCGCCCUUGGACCGGACCCCGCAGGCGUCACGCGCGUCACCCUGAUGAGUGUGCACCCUCGAAGGGACCAGACCGCGCCGAUCCCCUUCCGCGAGGCCGCCUCUAAGGGCGACGACGCGCUCAAACGAUACGUCGCGGCGCGGUUCGCGGGCGCGGGCUGGAAAACCGACGAGGUGCUCAAGCUCAUGAUGGACUCCGCGUCGGACUUUUACGCCAGCGAGAUCGUCCAGGUCAAACUCCCGGGUCUGUCUAAGGGUAGGUUCGUCCUCGUCGGGGAUGCCGGGUACGCGGCCGGUCCGACGGGAGGGGGCACGACGCUGGCUCUGGCGGGCGGGUAUGUGCUCGCGGGCGAGAUUUGUAAAUCUAAGGGAGAUAUUGCGGCCGGGCUUAAAGGCUACGAGCAGACCAUGAGGCCGAUCAUCACGGACUUACAGAAGAUUCCGCCGCUCAUCCCGGCGGUGUUGGCGCCGCAGACGGUGUGGGGGAUUUGGUUAAGGAAUAACAUCUUUAGGGUCAUCGCGCGGAGCGGUGUCAUGGAGUUCGCGCACCGGUGGUUCGGCAGCGCGUUUGCCGAGGGAGACAAGUAUCGUUUGCCGGAAUAUGAAUGGGUAAGGCGAUGA